GAAGCCACCAGGUCCCGCUUCGCUUCGCAGUAAAAAAUAAAAAGGAAGGCGAGCCAGCUCCGUUUCGCCACGGCGCGGUAGAAUCCUGCGGAGGACUCGUACACGCAAUUAGUACGAUUUUCAUCUUCUUGCCACCACAACACGUUUGCUCGUCAUCAUUGGACGUACUGUUGGCGAUUGUGACGCGUCGGAAAGUGAGGAGUUGUGAGCCGGGUAUCGGUGAUCGAGAGGGUAGACUUUGGACUCGUGGGUUUCUGAAUUUUCUUGUGGUAGUGUGCUGGGGUGACCAAAAGGAACAGGUAGAGAGAAAGAGGGAAAGAGAGAGAGAAAGAGAGAGAGAGAGAGAGAGAGAGAGAGAGAAAGAUUGGAAGCAACAUCUAGAUGGCAGUCAGCACUCUCAACAUGGCACCCUACUUCACUGGAUACCCUUUCCAAGGGCAGGGUCGCGUGAAUCAGUUGGGCGGUGUGUUCAUCAACGGCCGUCCGUUACCGAACCAUAUCCGACUGAAGAUCGUCGAAAUGGCAGCCGCCGGCAUCAGGCCGUGCGUCAUAUCGCGACAACUGAGGGUCUCUCACGGCUGCGUCUCGAAGAUCCUGAAUCGGUAUCAGGAGACGGGAUCGAUCAGACCCGGUGUGAUCGGUGGCAGCAAGCCGCGAGUCGCGACGCCGGAGGUCGAGGCGAGAAUCGAGGAUCUCAAGCGACAAAACCCUGGGAUCUUUAGCUGGGAGAUACGCGACAAAUUAAUCAAGCAGGACGGAGUCUGCGACAAAAGUUCGGCACCGUCGGUGUCCAGCAUCUCCAGACUCCUACGUGGACCAGCCAACCAGACUCGCCCUGACGACCCGCGCCGAAACCACUCCAUCGAUGGGAUUCUCGCUGGAAGUAGCGGUGAUGACUCUGACACGGAAAGCGAGCCGGGUAUCGCACUCAAAAGGAAACAACGAAGGAGUAGGACUACCUUCACCGGCGAGCAACUGGAGCAACUGGAAACGGCUUUUCAUCGCACGCAAUAUCCCGAUGUAUAUACGAGGGAAGAACUCGCACAAAAAACGAAACUGACGGAAGCGCGAGUGCAGGUCUGGUUCAGCAACAGACGUGCCAGGCUUCGCAAGCAGCUCAACAGUCAACAACUGAAUGCCUUCAACACUAUGAGCCUUCAGUCUUUCCAAACCCAGCACUAUGGCAGUGGUGCUGAGAGCUAUCAGAGCUACGGACAGGCGAGCGUUGCUGCCGCCGCAGCAACCACCGCCGGCUAUCCUCAACAUUACAACUAUGGGGAGAACUACUAUGCGGCGCAGCAGCAAUGGCCACGAGCGACACCGGAAAAUUACGGAUUGUUCAACGCCUCCCAUUACGGCAGCGGUAACCUUGCCUCCAACCUGACUUCCAGCAAUCUCAAUCUGGGCAGUCUGGGUGGCAGCGUAAGUCCGACCGCCUCUAACAUGAGCGCCUGCAUGGUGCAAAGUGCAUCCUCCUCCGGGGUACCAGCCCCGACGGGAAUGACGCAUCAUGUGACACCACACAGCCCUAGCGAGGCUAAGAGCGGAUAUCCGUACUUGGGUGGCAUUGAUUCCCAGGUUUGCGGAAGAGUUCAUUGAAGCACUAAAUAAGUCUGUCGUAAGGAUGAUUUCCCCAAACAGAACAGAAAAUCACGAUGACGUCGAAGUGACGAGGGAGUGAUCGAAUCGUGAUUGAAAAGUGAGUCUUUUGAUCGUUUCCUCAGCAUUUUGACAUCAUUUCGAUGUCAUCGGAAUCUUUUGUUCUGCUUGGAUCGUCAUCGAAUCGAUCGCGUGUACGAUUGAAUUGUACAAUGAGAGAGGGGGCUAACUUGAACGUAGUCGCUUCAUCGUUAUUGUUAUCCGUCUUGAUUGUUUACCAAUUCAAAAUUGGAUGUAAAAAUGUUUGCGUACAACUCGGAAAAAUUACUUGUAUCCGUGUAAAAAUAAUUAAUAUUUUUCUUAGCUUUUGUUGUUACGUUGUUGUACUGUCACGUUUCAUUCGCGUUGUUUUUCUUUCUUUUUUGUUUAGAAAACGGAAAGACUCAUGUGUUAGUCAACACUUAUAGGACGACUGAGUUUUUCUUAACUCGAUUUGCGACGUCUGAAUGUUUCUCCGAACAAAGAUUGUAAACUGUGAUAACGAUUGCGAAAUUGCAGAGUUAUCACGGUGCAUCGCCAAGAUCUUACAGAGAACUAGAAAAUAUUUUUUUUUGUAAAUUUUGUUAAUUAUAUGCUUUUUAUUAAAUAUUAUAUUUGCUUCGAUAAAGAAAGUGCUAUCCAGUCGUGUAAUUAUCCAGUCGUGUAACUGUAAAUUGCCAAGCAAGAUUGUGUUUGAAAUUUUAAUGAGAGACAUUUUAUUUAUAGAAAUGCGCCCACUGCGUAACGAUCGAUGCGCAAAAAAGUAAUCGAAUGUAAAUACAUCGUAAUCGCUUAGAUAGUAUUUCUCCAGUGACGCUACCGCAUAUUUAUGUUAGACUAAACUCACGUUAAAUCGUACGUAUAAACGUAGACCAUGCACCGAUUCUUAGGAAAUAUCGUAAUUAAGCCACGACUUAUUCGUUAUUAUAAUUAGCAAUUACAAACAAUCGUAACUUCAGUGCCUCGAUGUUUUAGUGAUUUAGAAAAUUGCCUUGUACUAGUUAUACGAUAUAGAUGUACCUAUCUGUGAAUAAACGGAUCAAAUAUAAAUAUAUUUUAUAAUAAGGUUGUACACAUCUACGCGUGAAUAAUAGUGGCGGAAUCGUACAGGAAAGUGAUUAAAAAAAUAUUGCUACUGUCCGAUCAAUGUUGCGAUCUUAUUCAACGAAUUACUUAAUUGGCCAGUUAUUUAAGAUUACUGUAAAUGACGACCACAGCCCGCAUAACGCACCUAACGAUUACAAAUGGAUUGUAUAAUACGUUACAUAAUAAAUGAAUUUUACGAGAAAUA